AUGGCAUUCUACAUUGAAGAUGUCGUAGAACGAACAGACGGGUCGUUAGAACUAGGGAUCGUCGCCAGGACAUGGCAAGAGCAGCCCUCAUACGACGAACUAGAUGCACCGCUUGAUGAUCCUCUGAUGAGACCACUGGUCAAGGGCGAGAUCGGCAUACAGAUCGUACCAACAGGAAGACGCGAGAUUACUCAAGAAUCCUCGCUUAGACUCGUUGAUCGCUGCAUGUUCCUCCGCGGCGACGUCUGCAAGAGGACUUCCAAUGACGACCCUCAGUCUGGUGUCAUCCUCAACGUAAACGUGCAAGUCAAGAUACGCCAUACAAUCACCAAAGAGUCCGUAGACCAGUGGUUUGAUCGAGAAGAAUUCAAUCCACAGCAACCAAUGAUGCCAGGGGACUUUGUCUUUGCUCAGAAUUGGGUAGGACAGGUUGAAGAGACCUUCAAUGAGGCCUUGAUGGUCACCCCAAGCAAUCAAAUACAACCUCUAUACGAACUGGGUGGCCGCUUUGCCGUAGGGGAGAAAUGCUAUCCGAUCUCUGACGGACAAAACAUGACAGGGGAGCCAACAAACAUAAUCAUCAAAGUGACGCCAGUGGCAGCCGCCAUUUCUUGGAGCGCAGUAAACCAGAUGCUCACCCAAAGCGAAGCCGCAGAGUGCGCCCGACCGGACAAGUUCUGGCCUGCGGAUUGCUUCAACAAUUUGUCGGUUAUGCGAUCCCGUGGCUCAGUUGUUGGAACCAUCGGGGAACGAAUCGUGUUCAAGGACCCUGCACGACUUCAGCAGCUUAAUAUCAGAACGGCAGUCUAUACAAAGGACGCCAGUAGUACAAUUGUGGUCGACUCACUGAUGAUCACGGAUACCCGAACCCGGGUAGAGGUCUUAUGGCAAGACGGCUCACGUGAAUGGAUUCGCUCCACACAACUCGUCCCUCAUUUGGCGGUAGACGAGUAUGAAUGCUGGCCUGGCGAUUGUGUGCUAUGGAAGGGCGAAGACGAGAAGAAACUCGCCAUCGUCCAAUCGAUAUCGGCAAAGGAUCGAAUAGGCUCAGUCCGCUGGCUGCCCACACAAGUGAUCGAAGAUAUUUCUGUCCUUGAACUUGACCCACAAGGUGGCUCUCUCACAGACGGAAUCAAUGCCUUUGGUCUGCGCCGUGGAGAAUGUGUCUUGAUCCACAAGAUUGGCACAACUAAUGGCGUGCAACCACCACUGGUUCCAAAAGUGGGCGAACUCGAGAAUUGGGUGCACGAGCUGCCAAGCCGUGGGAAAGAUGGCGCCGUCGAGGGAUGGAGAGGAGAUUUGACCUCUGUCGCCAUGCAAACCCUAGGAUUUGAAUGGAAGAAAGGAGCCAGUGCUCUUCCUGUCACUCUGCCUAUAGAUACAGAACUUGUGGGUCAUUCCAUCAACGUCUUUCCAGGUGGAGAGCGCAGCAAUAUCGAUAUCACCUCGCUCGGGACUGGGAAAGACAUUGACUGGUUCGGCCAAGUGCUGGAUCUCACCCUUGAGGGCGACAUCGUCGUCGGGUUGGCAUCCGGCCAAACUGUUACCAUACCCUUGGAACGGUGCUCAUUGUACCGCGACUUUGAAGAUUACUGGGAUGGAGAUGGUGGUCCCGAAGCCGCUGGUGCUGACGAGAUGGAUGCCAUGUACGACGAUGAGGACUUUUCUGAGGGCAGUUGGGAGGAUGCAAACGAAGAGGAACGAAAUGACUGGAGUCACAUGGAAAUUGACGACAUUUCUUCUGAACCUGCCGUAACUUCCCGGCAUCUACCAGGUUCCAAGAUACCAGGAGCAUGGCCAUCCUCCCCCCCGUCCGACGACGAAUCAUCCAAUUUCCAAGAUUCCUCGCCGCAUGAGAGAGGCGAAACGUCACCACCCAGUCUCGCCAAAGCAGUGGAAUUGGUAACAGGCAACGUGAAUGCGGCUAUUGUUCAGGACGCUCAGGGAAUUGCAGAGGCAAGCACUGAAACCAAUUCUGCCAAACAUUGGACACGGUUCGAAAUACUACCAGAAGCACCUCUGGAUCACGCAUUCUACACCACAGAGCCGGUGGCACAACCAUCAAAAGCAUUCGUCUCUCGACUCGCCAAAGAGUAUAGAGUGCUGCAAUCAUCGCUGCCGGAAUCUAUUUUGGUGCGCGCGUACGAGGAUCGUACAGACCUCUUGCGAUGCUUGAUAAUUGGUCCAAGUAAUACCCCAUAUUCCGAUGCGCCAUUUUUCAUCGACUGGAGAUGUGACCCCAAUUCUUAUCCCCAAUCUCCUCCUGUAGCCCAUUUCCUUAGCUGGACCAAUGGAAAUGGUAGAGUAAACCCAAACCUGUAUGAAGAAGGCAAGGUUUGUCUGUCCAUUCUCGGCACCUGGGCUGGGGAUCGUAGCGAAUCUUGGAACGCUGCUCGAUCCUCGCUUCUUCAAGCUUUGGUGUCAAUUCAAGGCUUGGUUUUGGUCCGCGAGCCAUAUUUCUGCGAACCCAGCUUUGAGAAGAUGCGAGGGACGGAAGAAGGAAAGCUGAACAGUCGACUUUACAGCGAGAAGGCCUACGUCCUCUCUCGUGGAUUCGUACGUCGUGCGCUCGAAAUACCACCCCAGGGCUUGGAACAGGAGAUUAAUUGGUUCUAUCAUCAACACGGACACCUUGAUAAGGUUAUUGCGGAUGCCGAAUCGCUCAUCACAAGGAGUUCGACCAGCAUCCGAUCUCCCGAAGUGGACGAAGAUUCGGACAUCGCAAUCCCACGGUUGUCCGCUGGUGGAAUACUUAGCCUGCAGAAGACACUAAAUAAACUCAAGGAACUUCGCGUGUCCAGAAGCGAGACGUAA